GGAUGUUUUGGAGGCAACAACUACAACAUGCUAGUGCUAGUCAUGAGCUGUACAGCAGUGGUUAUUUUUCUACUUUAACUGAAACAGCUCAGCAGUAAGACUUUUUUAUUCGACUGAAUGGAGACUAAAGCGCCUGCUGUGCUGAACGCGGUUCCUCCUUACGGACAUGUUAUUACGAGUGAGAAAUGGAGAAACUCUUCCCUCAUACAGAGUUUAAAGGGUGCAGGUGUGAAACUCCUCUUUGAGAACGAGCUCGGUGUUGCAGAUUUUCACCUGCCAAACAAAAGCUGUAUCCUGUACGUGUCUGAGUGCGACAUCAUAGCAGGAAACGGCUACAAGAGGAAACUGGUUCGCUACAGAAAUAGUAACAGCAGUUUCAAGGAGCUGGUUGUGGUGGAGAACACCAGACUCAGCGAGCAGUACUUCCCUGCCGUGCAGAAGUUUGUGGUGUUUGACCUCGGCCUGACUCUCCUGCCGGUGAGCGGGCAGACUGAGGCCUCACAGCUCAUCGCUCAGAUGGUUCAUGGCGAGGGCAGAGACAACCCCUUCAGGAGGAAGACGUCAUCUCGGCUGUUUGACCCGCUUGUCCUUACUCUGGUGCAGCAGGUCCCCGGGGUCGGCAGGGUCAAAGCUCUGGCGCUGCUGCAGCACUUCUCCAGCAUCCAUCAGCUCUGUAACGCCGCCCCCGCUGAGCUGGAGCACAUUGUAGGCCACGCUGCAGCUCAGCAGAUCCACAGCUUCUUCCACAAACCCUCUGGUGCUGGAAGCUGAGGGCUGUGCUGCAGUCUGUCUUUGACCAGGACACUUUGGCUUGUAUGGACGCUUUGUCUUUGUUUAAAAUAAUAUACUGCUAAAAAUGUAA